AGCCGCGCUCUGAGACGAAGGGAGCUAUACACCUUACAGGGUGGUCGCGGGGCAUGCUGGGAGUUGCAGUUCCAUGUUAAAUUAGAGUUUCGAGAGUAAAGGGCUUGCAAAGUCCAAGGUUUGCAGCGCACCCGUGGUAAUCACCGGGCCACAGGUGAGCCGUUAUCGGCUACCGUUAAGGACCGUUACCAUUCCUGGAUGAAAAGACUGUUCCAGAAAAGUUGGUACAUUGUUUGUAGGCGGCAAAAUCUGUCUACAAAUCUGUAUCUACCUACUCUGUGCCCUCUGCAAUUCUUUACCAUCACACCAGUCACACUGUUGGAUCCAGGCAACUGCCAAGGGAAAAAUCUAUUAUAGGAAGGACUUCCCAGCCGGUGGAGCAGCUGACUGGCGAGUGUGCCAGGUGCUCUGUACGUCCCAGCUCCUCCUCUGCCUGCCUUCUCUCUCUCCUGGGAAGAUGUUCCUGGUGGGCCUGACGGGAGGCAUUGCCUCUGGCAAGAGCUCCGUCAUCCAGGUGUUCCAGCAGCUGGGCUGUGCUGUGAUCGACGUGGAUGUCAUUGCGCGGCACGUUGUGCAGCCGGGGUAUCCUGCCCACCGGCGGAUAGUAGAGGCCUUUGGCACUGAAGUCUUGCUGGAGAAUGGUGACAUUGACCGCAAGGUCCUGGGAGACCUGAUCUUCAAUCAGCCUGACCGUCGGCAGCUGCUUAACUCCAUCACCCACCCCGAGAUCCGCAAGGAAAUGAUGAAAGAGACCUUCAAGUACUUUCUCAGAGGGUAUCGAUACGUGAUUCUGGACAUCCCCCUCCUGUUUGAGACCAAGAAGCUGCUCAAGUACAUGAAGCACACAGUGGUAGUGUACUGUGAUCGCGAUACCCAGCUGGCGCGGCUGAUGAAACGGAACAACCUGAACCGGGAGGAUGCGGAGGCGAGGAUCAAUGCCCAGCUGCCCCUGAAGGACAAGGCCCGCAUGGCCAACCAUGUUCUAGACAACUCGGGCGAGUGGAGCCUCACCAGGCGCCAGGUCAUCCUCUUGCACGCCAAGCUGGAACGCUCCAUGGAGUAUCUGCCACUGAGGCUCGGGUUCCUGACGGGCCUCGCGGGCAUCGCCAGCCUCCUCUACCUGCUCACCCGCUACCUUCUCCCUUCCCCCUAGCUGGGUACACAGGCAGCGAGCCUUAGGCCUCCUGGGAGGCCUAAGUCAGUACCAUGUCCAAAACACUACACUCUCUCUGACUCUGGCUCUGAGACUGGCCCCUGCGGUGGGCCGGCUCUGGAGUGUAACCAGUCUGGGACCCAGCAAAAGAAGCCGCUGACAAUAUGUACCCCUUCCCACCCCACCCCACCCCAGAGCCCGACCACCCCCAGCUACCACCUGCAGAACAAUAUCCACGGUGGCAGGAAAAGAGCAGUUAGCAGUCUGUGGCUCUCCCCACAGUUAGGACUGUGGAGCCAAAGUGUCUGGGGCUUGAACCUUCUCAGAGCAUCUGAGAAUCACGGCCACAAACUUCCUAGUGGACCACAGCACAUCCUUCCAGACUAAAGGCCUUCUCCUUCAGACAGAACUGUCUCCUGGUGCAGUGUGAGUCUCCCCUUGGGCACACUGUGGCUAGGUCAAGGCAGGGCCCUUCCAAGUAGUCCAGCUUCUAGUGGAGCCUUGCUCACAGCUGCCUCUGAGCGCGUGCUCUUGGCCCUCCCAGGCUCCAGGCUGUCUUAUCUCUGUGCCUUCCCUAGAAGCUCCCAGGCCUGCAGUGUCGUAGCCCCGGCUGCCCCAGGUCAGGCACCAGCAGCCCCAGACUGAGUUAGGUGCUGUAAAGAUCACCUUCCCGUUUCAUCUUAAUCCAGAUAGGAUAACCUGUAACCUGGUUGGGUUCUCCCAGACUGUGCGCCUCUAGAUGGCAGGGCCGACUCGUCUCCACACUAGUGUACUCGAGCCUGUUCUCCACUGGUGCUCAAUAAAUGGAAUUGUUCUAAAAUGUC